GCUUUGCUAUUCCCGUUAUUCGGAAUUUCAGCACCACCUGGUUGAGAAAUUCUCCCACAAUUCAAACCAUGUUUCUGCAAAGAUUAUGGCUCAUAUGUCGUGUCUGCAUGCAGCAGAAACAUGGAAUGCUGGAUCUGUUCUCCGAGGUGUUGGAAAAGCCCAUUUGGAACAUUCUAAGGGAUUGUGGUGGCAUACCGGUACGAAGGCGGGACAAUCUACCGGACAAAAUUUGUGAUGUUUGCCUGGAUAGGCUAUUUAAGGCCUAUGCAUUUCGUUUGGAGUGUCAACGGGCCCAUAGACAGAUAACACAGGUGGUACAACCAAAUACGAAGCAUGAACAGGAAUUUCUAACAGAUCAUGAAAUGGAUACGCCACUCUCUUUGGAUGCCUACCACCAGCAAGUCAUUGAAAGAUUCGAAAUGAAAAAUGGCUACCAUCGAGAUUCCAUUGAGAGUCUGGACACAGCCUCAUCAUUAUCCGCCGACACCAUUAAUGCACCUAAAUUGCCCAAUUCCACAAAAAGUUCAUCAAAUUCCCUGAAAGAAGAUGAUUACGUUUCGAAUAAUGUCAAAGAUGGCCAUUACUCCACCCGGCCGCUCAAGAAACGUAUCAUAAUGUCCUACAGAAAUGCCAAGGAUCCACUGAGGAACAAAACGAAAGCAAGACAUGCAAGGUUGGAAUUGAAAGAAAAGAAAACGCAAAAGUCUGGUCAUUUCCCUUGUAAUGUUUGUCAUAAUGUCUAUUCCAGUGCCGAUCUGUUGAGGCAUCACAAAUAUGUCCAUCGAAGGCCGCACCUUUGCAAAAUCUGUGGUAAGACAUUCAGUCAAGUACAGCAGCUUCAAAAUCAUGAAAAUUCUCACACUGGCGAACGGCCAUAUCCUUGUCGGAUGUGUAAUCGAAUUUUUGCCGAUACUUCGAAUCGCAACAAGCAUGAGAUAAAUAUUCACAAGAGGACAUCAUUGCGAAAGCUUCCAAGACGAAUUCAAUGUCUUAUUUGUAAUAAAGUUUUCAAAAGGCCCCAAAAUUUAAGAGAUCAUCAUCGCAGAGUCCACCUGAAAGCACUGUUAGAGAAAUAGGCAUACAGACACACAAAACCAUGUAAAUAUUUCACAUUCAAAAUUGAAUUGGGAAAUGUGAAAAAAUAUUGAAGUUUGUUACAUAAUUGUAGGAUUAAAUUGUAAAAAUUAUUUAUUAUAGAAAAUAUGUUUUGAAAUUAAUACGAAAAAAUUAUUAAGAACACUUUU